CCUCAUGGCGCUGCGCGGAGGAAGAGGCAGUCGGUGAUUGGCAGAGCCGGUUGCUUCGGCUACGGGCGGUGGCGUGGGGCUCCAAAAUGGCGGAGCGGGAUAACGAUGGGACGGCUGUGGAGCGAGGCCCGGGUGCGGCUUACGCCGCUUUCGUGCUGAUGGAGGAGCUGCUGGACAAGCUGAAGCUGCUGAGUUACGAGGAAGAGGCGCUGCGGCAGCACAACGUGAGGCCGCUUUCCAGGCACUAUUUUGCACUGCCCACUAAUCCUGGUGAGCAGUUCUUCGUGUUCUGCACUCUUGCUGCUUGGCUGAUUGUUAAAGCAGGACAUCACUUUGAACAGCCUCAAGAAUAUGAUGACCCCAAUGCAAUAAUAUCUAAGAUACUCUCGGAACUGCGAUCAUUUGGAAGGCCUGUGGAUUUUCCUCCCGCAAAAUUGAAGUCAGGUUAUGGAGAGCAAGCCUGUUAUGUUCUUGAUUGUUUAGCUGAAGAAGCCUUGAAAUACAGUGGCUUUAGCUGGAAAAGGCCACUGUACCCAACAGAUGAGCUAGAAGAAGAAGAAAUAACAGAAGAAGAUACGGAAUUAACACUUAAUAAACUGGAAGAGGAUAUUGCAGAAGAAGAAUCAGAUAAUGAAGAAAACUUUAUUGACCUGAACGUUCUAAAGGCACAAACAUACAGAUCGGAUGUGAAAGACUCCACAAAACGAGAAGAAAUCUUGCUAUCCACAACAGAUGCGGCAGAGUGGAAUCUGGAAGUGGAACGUGUGCUUCCACAGCUGAAAGUUACAGUCAGGACUGACAAUAAGUGCUCAAAACUGUACGCAGUGCUUGAGAUGAGGCCUAGGAGUGCUGCGCCUGAUGCACCCCAGGACACAGUUGACUCUUUGAGUUGCCAUAGCACACAGCUGACUCAGAUUCCACUUGCUGAUUGGAGGAUCCAUGUAGAUCAAAUGCAUCAACAUAAGGAUGGAAUUGAAUCUUCUUUGAAAGAAACUAGGGGCUACCUUGACAAAUUCCAUAAUGAAAUCAGCCGAACAUUGGAAAAGAUCAAUAGCAGGGAAAAGUACAUCAACAAUCAGUUGGAGCAUUUGAUUCAAGAAUACCGUUCAGCACAAGCCUUGCUGAGUGAGGCUAAGGAGAAAUACCAGGAGGGAAGUGGAGGAGUAACUGAAAGGAUUAGAGUCCUUUCUGAGAUUACAGAAGUUUUAGAGAAAGUGAAGCAGGAAACAGAAGAGAAAGGAAGCAGUAUGACUGAUGGCACUCCUCUGGUGAGAAUUAAACAGGCCUUAACAAAACUGAAGCAAGAAACCAUUCAGAUGGACAUUCAAAUUGGUGUAAUGGAACACACAUUGCUCCAGUCAAAACUUAAAGAGAAAUCCAAUAUGACUAGAGAUAUGAAUGCAGCAAUGAUACCAGAAGCUACAAUAGGUGCCUACUGAAAUUGUUUGGAGCUGACUUGGUUUGCCCAAAAUAAAGUUUUCUACUGUUUGCUUUUUUGGUA